UUUGUUAGCCUUAAGAACAUACAGUGUUUAUAUAUCAACGGAAAUCGCAUUCAGUGGUUUUAUCAUUUGCUGCUACAAUUGCGUAAGUCACAACAUAUUAAGUCGAAUAUAAAUAAGAUAUCACACGACAAUGGCCUGGCAUAUAUUCGAGAAGCUCCUAGAAGGUGUCGCCAAUUAUUCACCGUUUAUUGGAAAAGUUUGGAUUACUUUUCUUUUUAUGUUUCGGUUAAUCAUGGUAGCAAGCAUUGGGGACACUGUGUACGGCGAUGAACAAUCGUCAUUUAAAUGCAACACGUUACAACCGGGUUGUGAAAACGUUUGCUAUAACCAUUUUGCUCCCAUCUCCCAGAUCAGGUUCUGGGCUGUGCAGAUUCUCUUCGUUGGCACUCCAAGUAUUAUGUUUAUAAUCUAUGCAAUGCAUAGGAUGACAACAAUUCCACCAAGCCAUGCGAAAAGUAGUUCAGAUGGAGCUGACGACGAAUCAGAAAAACCAAAGAAGAUCGAAACAGCGUCGUCAAGUACUUCUUCUUCUAAAGCUGGACUUCCCGGUUAUGACGAAAUAAUGCACAACGGAAGCAGAGUGGGCAAAGGUAAAAACGGCAAACUACUCAAGAAAGUAGAGGAGGCAACGAUCAACCAGAAGUGGAAUAAGUUUGACGGAUCUCGUAGUGAAGUCAUUUAUGUAAACCGACCACAAACAAAAGAAACGCAACGCAAAAGCCCAGCCAAGAAAAGUCACCAAGCUAAACGAAAAGCAGUUUACCAGCAAGAUGGCAAAACAGAAAUCGUUAAAACACCAGGAAUCGUUCGCGCUUAUGUGGUUCAAGCGUUUCUUAGAACGGCUAUAGAAGCUGUUUUCUUAUAUUUACAGUACGACAUGUACAAGUUCGAUGUUCCUGAAUUGUAUGUUUGCAAUGGCUUUCCUUGCCCCAGAACCGUGGAAUGUUUUGUAUCAAGACCCAUGGAGAAAACUCUGUUUCUGCGAUUCAUGUACGCCAUGACAAUCGUAUCUUUGCUCUUGAACCUGAUUGAAAUCUACCAGUUGAUAUCAAAGUGGGUACGACGGUCGUGCUGUCGCUCUGGCAACUCUAAUGCAGUGAGCUUGGAUGACAGGUUACCGAUGGAGGAGGUUGUUAUACAGAGUGGGGAAGAUGGGGCGAUCUUUAGAAGAGCACGAAUGCAGAACACGUUCCCAGAUUUGGGACCUAUUCCCCGCUCCUAUGACAAUUCCUUGGGGGAGUCGUCCGGCGACGAGAGCAUGGACAGUGACUAUCGUUUUUACGGUCGCUAACGCAUACUGAUGCUUUUAUAUUUAUUAUGUAGGUUUCAUUUGCUUACUGCCCUGUGAGUUUCGUGCAAAAUAUACUAUAUUAAGCCCUGUGCCAUUUCUAUCAUUAAAUACAAAUAAAACGCCCACGCCUUAGAAAA